AGGUGAAGUGAUAUUGCCGCCACUCAUUCCUCAAUCAGACUUCGCCAUACCGUUACCCUACGUACAAUCACCGCUCUUCAUCCGUCCACACGAUAAAGACACGAGGUUCUCCACUUCACAUUUACACUGGAAAGAUGUGAGAGAAAAUUUUGAAGAUACUGGAUAUCUCAUUGAGUGUCCUGCUACUAGUGCAAGAGCAGAAGACAACUACAGGUCAGGCUCAAACAAAAAUGCAAAGCAGGAGAAUUUUAUAUGUGUGGAUACAACAUCUCAUUAAUCAAAACUUAAAGAUUAUGUCCACUCCUGUGCACAUGCGCGAACUUUGUUUACAUUUUAAGCUGCUAUAUUUGUAAAAUAUGAUAUACUAGCUGAAUAUCUAACACUUUUCUGGUUCGCUUUACUUGUAAAUGAAUAUAAACUAUACGUUUCAGUUCAAAAAAGUUCGAAAGAUGCAAAAUUUGGGCAAUGUUUGUAUCUGGGGGUCCCCCUUUGUUUUGAGCAGAACUGAUGCGCAGAACGGAGUGGACAUCAUCUUUAAAAUCUUUUUUGGCAUUUUUUCAAAAUUAGUUUGUCUUAGCUUUAUUUUGUACGUAGUUUACACAGUUAGCACGUUUUUUAAAUGUAUCUGGCGGUUGAGAAACACAAAAUAAUAGCUAAAUAUUGUCAAUUUAAAUACAAUUAUUAUAUAUUGAUGCUGUGUAUUUGUAUAGAUAAUCAUGCGAUGGCGAGUACAAUUAGGGAUUAAUGGUACGAGUGAUGUUUGGAAAUUUUGCCAAAAUUGAACGAGCCGCCGGGGCGUGUCCUAUUAAUCCCUAAUUGUACGAGCAACAUCGCAUGAUUACUUGUUUAGUAUUAGCAUGACAAAAUUGGAUACGUACUUCUCAAUGUCAGCAUCAUAUUCUCUCGCCAAAGCCCAGUUCUGCCAGACUUUCAACCAAAAUUUGGUGCUUUUGUUUGCAUUUUCAUUUAGUUCUUUUGUUCAAGCAAAAUUUGGUGCUUUUGUUCGUAUUUUCAUCUAGUUCCUUCACGGCAAUUAGUUUACGAAAUUUCAUUUCACGCUUGUGUUUAAAAUACCUUUCCGCCAUUUUGUUUGUUUUGAGAAAAUCAUUAAUUGUACUGCAGUACAAUUAAUGAAAUAAUUGUACUCCUCUCUACCAAUCAGCAUCCAGUAAUUUUGUCAUGCUAAUAAUACAUACAGUAAUAUAAUCAAAACUUACUGAAAUUUAGACAUCAUUUUCUCUUUGACAUACCAUCUAAAAUAUCUUUAGCAUGAUUUUACAGAUAAAGCAAAACAUAUUUUUUAAGUUUGUUUACCGCUUGAGAAGCGCAUCAAAAAUUUAAAAGUUGAGUAUAGUCAUAACCGGAAAAAAUGGAAACAUAAGUGGAAAAAGUAUGUUGAUUAGUUUUGAGCCCGUGUUACGUAACAUCUCCUCUUAAACAUUAAUUUCUUUUCACUUUUCUUCAUGGAUUAUUAUUGACUCUUACAACUUCAGUUAAUAUUUUCCCUGUGUUUAUCUAGAUAUUGUGUUUCGGUCCAAAGAGAUGGCUUUCCUGCAGAAAAUAUCGCUGAGCAACCAGGCAAUUAUGACGUCACCCAACCCGCACACACCCUCACGAUCCUGCCUCCCAUAGUCCUGGUCAACCUGCUGCCUGUGGAAUUAUCUUACCGUAUCCGCAAGCAUUCACUGAGUGGAAACAUUAAACCGGGAAGAGUAUCGCCAGUGUAUAAGGUAAUGAAAGAUGGACUUGAAUAGACCUUUCCUCUUAUGAGUGAAAUUUUGAUCUAGAUAUGCCUGGAUAAAAAUUUCAUCACAGCUUGAAAGAGCAUCACAAAAUUAGUAAUAUUCCGAAGUUUCGUUGCGAAAUGUUGUAAAAUGCGGAUAGUAUAACCUUGCGAAGUUUGCCGUUUUUCAGUCAUUUUUGCAUUACAAACGGGAAAUUGAUAAUCAGUUUGAUCAUCUGAUUUUUGUCCAGACUUGUCUAGAUCAAAAUUUCACUCAAAAGGGGAAAGAUCUAUUGCUGCAAUAGACAUUUUUCACGCUUUGUGAGACACCACAUAUACAAAAUGCAGAGGCUAUAUUUUCGGCACCCGUUUCCAAAAUUACGCGUCUUGCUCGAAAAUAAUCUUAGUUCAAAUUAUGACAGUUUUAUGUCACGCGAACUGCUAAAAAUAACAAACGUAAACAAGAGACAUUUAUACCGUAUUUAAUACCUACAGACGAAUAUUGAACCAGAAUUAGCUAGAUAAACAGAAACAACAAGUUUGAAAAAGAACAAUAUAGCAUCGAAUUUGACUGUUUAUCAAACCCGCUUGCGUUAGACUGUAGCGGUGAUUUUGUUGUGCUUAAAUUUGGCAAUAAUUAUUACAAAAUUACAACCAUAAAACUCAAAGUUGUAAAAAAAUUUAACUUCGUCACUGUGUAACAGAAAACUGACAUGUCAAUUCUAGCUAUUUUCGACCUGGUCGCGUAAUUUGGAAACGGCUUUAAAGACUGUGACACGAUAACAUCGAGCUAUAGAGCUAUCCAGUAUAAAAAAAACUUUCCUUAGUUGAAGUCUGGUUUAGAAUUGCAGAGAUAUGGGUUUUUGUGCAAGAUUUUUCUAACCUCAAACAAAGGACGGUGCAUUUGACGAUUUAAGAAAAUGCCCUUAUCUCAAAGUUAUUCUAUAUUUUGCUACAGGUCAACAGAGCAUCGUCGCUCAAUUUCACAUUCUCGACAGAGAAUUUUCCUCAGAGUGAAACCCUGCACAUUCCAGAGCUGAGCAAGGGUGCAGAAUCCUGUAUACGUCAUGUAGAGAUGAAGGAUACCAAGAACAGAUUUUUAAGACUGAACGCUAAAAUUGAAUUGCGACCUGGACUGUCUUUGAAGGUAGGGUAAAGAAAUGUCUUUCUCAUCACCUGCCUUGCGUUACAAGAAUGGAGGCAAGGAACAAACAAGAUUACUUAGCAAUAGACCUUUCUGGUAAUUACAUCACAACUACAUUGUUUUCAACUUAGAACCACCUUAAAUACGCUUAAAUGGGAUGGAAUUCAAGCUUUUUUCUCACUUGGCUAUGUGCAAAGAAGCACUCACAUUUAUUGGUCAAAACAUUUGUAUGUGUUGAAGAAGGAUGCUCUGCUUCUUUGCGCAUAGCCAGUGAGCAAAAAAAACUUGAAAUCCAUUCCAUUUAAGGUGCUCCUAAGUUGAAAACAAUGUAGCUGUGACGUAAUUACCGGAAAGAUCUAUUAAAUAACUCACAUGCCCAGUUACUAUUGUUCUAGUGUAGGAAGAAAGCAUAGUCUAAGAAUAGGACAAAGGUAUCUUAGCAUUAGAUAACUCACAUGCCAAGCCUUAGUUUAAUAUCUUUGUGAAUCAGAAUCACAUUUAUUUCACACGUAUUUAAACUAAGGAUAGCAUUCAGAAAAAUUAUAUACUUACAAAACCAAAACCCACAUAUUAAAAUUACUAUAUUAAACAAACGUGUACAGUGAUCAAAGUAGCAAAAUUCUUUCGAGUUGAUCACUGUAUAUAUGUAUCAUAAUAUAUAAAAGUAUAUGACGGCGACAUAACAGAACUGUGUACUAGGUAUUUAUGUUUGCGAAUAAAUAAGGAAUUGCCUAUACCUAUUCUUCUUAAAAACAGAAACUGAAUUCGACUUUUUUUAUGGUAAGGAAUUGUGGUUAACGAAAACGUGGAAUAGAAGAAAGAUAUUCACUUUUUGUGAACAACACGUAUAAAAAAUUCCAAAGCUUAUCUACUUUUUCUAUUCUAUGUUAUCUUAUGCUUGGUUACCUUUUGUUCUAUAUAUACUUUCCUAAACUAAUUGCCACGUAAACAUGUAUAUUUCAUUCAUUUCUUUGAGUAUGAAACUGUCAGUACUCGACAGUAUCGUUUCUUUUUGUAUGUUUCUCGAUUGAAUGUAGGCAAAUUUCAAUUUCAGAUUUCCAUAUUUGCAUCAUUCUGGCUGGUGAAUGACACAGGUAUCCCACUCAUAUUUAAACAAGAAGGAACCUCACUGGAAAUGGCGGGACAAUUUGGUGAACAUGAAAUGGCGCGGAGUCUGACUCCCUUGUUAUUUUCAUUCGAUGAUAGAGAUGGUUCGUUCAGGUAAAACGAACCUAUUUAUACUGGAUGCAUCAGUUCUAAUUAGCCCUAUUAGGUCCAUUAAGGGUCAUCCCUCAGUUGUCCAGUAUUACUAAUAGACCAAUGUCUUUUUUAAUUCGUUACACAAAGGUGUCAAAUGCGUAUUGGCAAAGGACAGCACAAAGACGUUGGGAAACCAGUUUGGUAAGAAUAGUUCAAAAUAAACUGCCGUUGUUGGUGUGUAGAUUACCUCUGAUCUAUCAUCACACCGUCCACCACAACACAGGCACAAUUUACUGAAUCCGUAUAACUUCUAACAAGUUAGGGAGCCUGCAUGGACAACGCUAUUCCUAUAGUCUAAAGGCUUCCUCCUAAUUCUAGUGUCAAAAUGUUUGAAUUAAGAAUUCAGGAGUCAUUGCCCGUGUCAUAUAUGCACCAGCUUGAGUUCUAUUACAUGAGCCAUUCUCGACCCCAGGAUACUAGUUUUGGUCGCCCUGAUGGUCUCCAGACCCCCAUACCCAGUCUAAGAUUGCCUAUCUAAGCCUUAGCUUGUCAAUCUAAGAUUGCCAACAGCCGCGGAAAUAUAAUCUACAAAUAUGGAACACAGUAAAAAUAGAUUGAGUUCACUGACAUGGAUUCAUCAUCCCCAUCGUGAUUUAUAAGAUCAAUGACUCAGCCAUCCAUCUUCGUGGGAAAUAAGUAUGCUCCCAACGUUAGUUCUAUUAUAAUAUUGCUGCGCAUAUUUUCUGUAGGUGUACCCCAUUUUCAUUGGAGUAUCCGCGAGAGUUUACACGUGUUCACUCAAGACAACCUGACAGACGUCCUGACAUGUAAGAAUGUUUUCAAAAAAUUGCAUAUUGAUAUUUGCAAUUUUUGUCUACUUGUUUUUGGAAUGAGCAUAAGAACUCUCUACCAAUCUUUGUAGGCUUGAUAGCUCAACAGGUAGAGCAUCUCUGUGGACUUGAUAUAGUUCAACAGGUUGAGUAGUGGACUAGAUUCCUGAAGGUUGAGAGUUUAAAUCUCGUGUACUUAUCUUAUAAAGGAUAAGAACUCAUCACCAAUCUCUGUAGGCUUGAUAGCUCAACAGGUAGGGCAGUGGUCUAGAUUUCAGCAAUGGAUUUGAUUCCUAAAGGUUGAAGGUUCAAAUUAUGUUUGUUUUUGUGGGAUAAGAAUUAUUUAUUUAUAAACUAAACUACGUAAAACUAAAUUAAACGGAACUAUAAAAUCAAACCAAACUAAACUAUAUUCACUAAAAUAAACUAAUUAUUUAACCAACGUAAAUUUCUAAAUAAAUAUAAAAUACCAACGGUGGAACUUUGUAUUUCAGCGUGCAGGAAGAAAAGCCGAGCAAACGCUUAAAGAAACCUCACCGAAAUGUAAAUCGUUUAAAAACUGUGAGCCGCAAAGUACACUAUGUGGUUGGGGGUGGCUGUUCUUUUCACAUAGCCAGUGAUGAAACUUCAGAAAUUGAAAAUGACCCAGGCAUUAGUCUAACCACAGCUAAAUCAUGGUAAAUUUUAAACUAACUUAAACUAAACUAAACUAAACUAAACUAAACUUAUAUAUGAAGUUUUAAGUAGUGAAAUUAAAUUAAAUUACUCUUAACUAUGUUAAAUGAUAAAAAUGAUUUUAUACGUCCUGAAACAUUAAACAACACAAUGAAAGAAAAUUAAUGAUAAGCAACACAACUUUCAAUUUUUACUUGGCAGUGUUAGUAGUAAAGUUAGCUUUCUUGUUUUUUUUUCUUUUUUUAAAUUUAUUUUUAAAAAUUUUUUUAAACUUAUUUUUUCCUUCAUUCCAUCCUUUCUCAUUCUCAUUUUUCCGACAUUCUUUCUUCCAUACACACAUAAAAACGCAAGAACAUAUAACAAACUUGCAGCAAACGUGUGGCAAGAGCAGACUGUUUCAACAACUUGUCGCCAGGAUCUGUUCGCACUGGUUGUUUCCGGCUUGUUGACAAUUUGUUACAAGGUUGUUGACUCAACAGACUUGUUACAAGUUGAUGACUCAACAGACUUGUUACAAGGUUGAUGACUGAACAGACUUGUUACAAGGUUGAUGACUCAACAGACUUGUUACAAGGUUUGAUGACUUAACAGACUUGUUACAAGGUUGAUGACUGAACAUACUUGUUACAAAUUGUUCCAAUAACUUGUUAUCGUUCUGCAAUCCAACAACUUAUUAACAAGUUGUGACAACCUUGUGGCAACUUACUAAAAUCACAACAUUGUUUAUAUUUUGGUGACCGAGUGGCUAGAAGCCUGCUUCGUGCAAAUAUUUUCUGAUCAUGAAAGCAUGGUAGCCUAUUGGUUAAGAUAUAUAUAUUACAUGAAAGACAAAAAGUUAAAAGAACGAACAUUUCCAGCAACCAAAGUUGGUUGACAAGAUGUGAGAUUUUUACUUGUAUAGUUUAUCACUUUAUUUCUUUACUUCCCUUCUAUCUCUUCUUUCCUCUGUCUCUUUUUUACGUAGUUUUCUACCGAACUCCUUCACUCCACUUAUGUCAUAAUAUUCUUUAUACUAGGGUCUAUGAUGUUGGUAUAGACGUCAGAUUUGGUCAAGGCCGUUUCCGAGACACAAGGAUCGUCACAUUCGCUCCUCGUUACCAGUUUGAAAAUCGAAGUGCACAUACCUUGGCUUUUCAACAGAGACAUUUUGUAAGAGAACAGGUAUUAAGAACAAUCUUUUCUUUAGUUCAAAUAGCUUAAAUGGACCUUCUGCACACUUCGUAGCUCAACAGGUAGAGCAGUGGACAUCCUUCCUUAAGGUUGGGACGGCUAUUUCUACAAAUCACGUAACACUAUAUAUACCCCAUGUGUUAUUUAGGCCACAAGCAAUCCUGAUGGAACAUUAACAUCACUGCCUGGUGCUCAAGUCGUCUGGCAUUGGGAAAGAACUGACCUUGAUCAACUGUUGUGUAUUAGGUAGGUUACUUUCAAACUCACUUUGGUGUAUCAUACAGAUGUUAUUACGUGUCAUUUGACUUAGGACAACGCAUGGGAUAGAACAAAGCAACUUGAGCAUUAGAUAAGUUCUCGUAAGCAUAAAAUAGAAUCAAGGUAAUUGAAUAAUAUGUUCAUUCCUACAAUUACAUUUGUUUUGCUCCACGCCUCCGUAAACUGAACCAAUUGUAUAAAUGUAUAUAAUAGUAUACAAGGCAUAAAAGAUAAUUUUGGAUAUUGGGUUUUUAGACUGAAUGAUAUUCCAGAUUGUCGAUGGUCAGGCGGAUUUAAAAUCGAUCGUGAUGAUUCUUGUCAUGUCAGUAUGAGGUUAGUCUCGUCUAUAUAUUUAAUCUAACUCUAUAUUUAUACUGGAUAGCUCUAUACAUACUAUUCUCAGGUCAUGUGGGCUAUUCCAUUAUUGAAAGACAUACGCUCCCCUCCCCCUGCAUCCAGGACAACAGUUUUACUAUAACCCUGAAUAAUUCCUGUCGUAAAAUAGAUUCCCUAAGAAUUCCUGUUAGCAGCAUUUACUCCCUGAAGAAAUCAGUAUUUAUCCCUGGGGCCGGUUGUUCAAAGCUGGAUUAGCGCUAACCCUGGGUUAAAAUUUAACCUGCUGUUGUAGUUUAUGUAUUUCUGCACGUCUGUUUAUUUCAAAACUUCAGAGAAGAAAACUCCUACUGAUCCAGAUAAUAUUUCUGAAGAAAUAUUUUCAAAUUUAUAAACAAGCUGUCAGAAAGUUUGCUUAAAACUUUAGGUUAACGUAAGGGUUAAGCUAAUCGACUUUCGAACAACCAGCCCCUGAAGAAUAGCCCAUGCACACUCGUUUUUUCUCUUUAUUAACCACAAUGCUAUUUCAUUCAAAUUAAGGUGUUCGAAUGGAUCCCUACUCUUCAUCAGAGCCGAAGUGAUGUUAAAAGGAGCGGUGUUUCAUAUCGUCUUCACAGAUGCAAGUCAACUCCCGCCACCAUAUCGUAUUGAUAACAUGUCGGCGGUUCCAAUUUUGUUUUAUCAGAGUCGUACCGAGGAUCAUCAAAGAUGUCUCCUUCAACCUAAACAAUCAGGUCAAUGUUCCAAACAUAUUUUAACCUGUCGGCCCUGCUCUUUCCUUUUAUCUGUUUUUUUUUAUUUUAAAGGGUAAUGGCAAUGUCUGUUUAGAUCGAAAGAACUCGUUAACCGCUUAUACGCUGCUGACGUCGUCUUAUUUAUACAUAUCAAAUAAACUGAAAUAUCUCGAAAGAUAUAAAACAUUUGACCUAAACAUGUACUCGAGUUUUAUAAUACUUUUUGUUUGUGGAAACACCACGUAAAUUUUUACUGCAAAGCUUUUGAUCCGUAUAAGCCCGGAUCUUCAUCAGUGCUAAUAACAUAUUAUUAAUAUUAUUAGCACUGUUGAAGAUCCGGGCUUACGGAUCGAAAACUUUGCAGUAAUUAAUAAAUUUACGUAUUCCACAAACAAAAAGUAUUAUAUGUUUUAUCGCCAUUCGAGUUUUGUUGCCAAUAUCCUUUAAGUGCUUUUAUGGUCAAGAGCACUUUGUCGCGUAGGUGCGAUGAAAAAUGUUCAAAACCUGAAAUCAAAAUUUGAAGAGUCUAAUCCAAUCUCAUCCCCUUAUCGUUUCAAUUCCUUACCAACUCCAUCAUUUUUUUCCAUAUCUAUAAAAUUCCUUAUUCAAUUUUCCUUUCUUUAGUGCCUUAUGCCUGGGACGAGCCAACAUUACCACGUCAACUGACCUGCGGUAUCGUAAACGAUGGAUCAUUUAUUCAUUUCUCUAUGGACAAAUUGGGAGAGAAAGAAAAACUGUAUUACUACAACGCAAUAUACAUUGCAUUCACCCAUACUUUCACCAAGUACGAACAGUGUUUCACUCUAAUACUCUGACAUUAGGGACCGGUCAUUAUUUAUGGGGGGGGGGGGGUGGCACCGAAGAGAAAUGUUUUCCGUGUCAAAAAUUUUGCUGACCCAACCAUUAAAAAAGACAAAAAUUUGAUUGCCCAACCUGAAAUAUCAACCCCUGGCCAAAAACUUAACAAAAGGACACCAUUCAGUUGUCAUACAUGUCCUUUAUCACUUCAGUGACAUGAGUUUGAUAACGGCUUGUGAAAUUUUCUUCAGUCUAAAGUUUCACGUUGUCUGCACAUGUACUUUCUUUGGAAACACAAUUUGUUUUGUCAAACUAUGGUCAAGAUAGUGACUCUGAUUGAUUCACAUAUUGUAUUGACAAAUGACUGUUGACAAUGCUUUUCAGUCUCCAAUAUUUCAGUGGGUCAUGCUUUGGAAAUGACAAUAAAUUUUUAUUACCCAACCCUUGAGUUGUUUUGUUUUUCAUUUACCCAACCUUUUACUCACUCAAAAUUUUGUUUACCCAACCCUUUUCUCUUCGGUGCCACCCCCCGCCAUAAAUAAUCACCGGUCCCUUAUUAGCUGUAUCUGUUAAGCCCCAGUCAAACGAGGAAGAGAGUGAGAGAUUAGAAGCGAGAAUUUGCAUGAACGUUUUCUCAACUCCCAUUUCGCGGUCAAAUGAGAACAAGAGUUCGAGUUGAUGCGAGUUGACUGGAUAUAACCAGUGGAACGAACAAAAACUCAUCAAAAUCUGACCCAACAAAAUCUGACCCAGCCGAAAGUUUGAUGAGAUUCUAUGAGAGUUUGCGGCCAAACACGAGCGAGAGUUGGAACUCUCAUCAUUGAGUCAUCAACUCUCAUUCUCAUUUGAUCUUUAGGAAGUCAUAAUUUCGAUACCAUAAUCUGAGCUGUGUGAGUUAAUCAGGUUUUUACUUACAGAUCUGACGGCACUGUAUCGGGGUCAUUCCAGAUGAAAUCUGUGAAUGUUUCGAACGCGUAUUCAAAAGAAUUAGUGUUGGAUGUCCCUCAAGGAACAGCUGUGAUUCUUAGCAAAAAGGUAAUUAUGGAUUGGAAGAUAAUACAAUUUAGUAGGAAAUGGCAGAGAUAAACAGUGUCCAUUCAGGAAAUUGGAAGGAUAUUUUAAAAUUGCUGUAAUUUCUAGUUAGUGUAAAUUUUAAGUUAAUUUAACAACAUGUAUCUGUGACUUUAUUUAAAGAAUCUUCGAUAGUCUUUCGAGUCUUGACAAACUGACAAAGUGUAAGUAAAGGAACAGUUUGUCGCGACUUAAAUCCUGGCAAAUACAGUAUUACGCAAAGUGAAAGUCGUCACGGCAUUAUUCGCCAGUGUUUUGAAUUCCUUUGUGAGUGCUAAGUACGUGAACUUUAUCUUAAACAGCGAUUCUCAAAGAUUUAAAGACUAUUUUGUUGCCACCAUUUGUUACCUUGUAACUGCCAAUAUUGGCAGACAAUGUUUUUUUUUUGCUAUUCGAUGCAUCUUAAGGCUCUUUUCUAGCGAGUAUUUGCAUCUAAUUAAAAUAAACUGUCGAUCAUUGUGAUUGAGUGAAAGCGCUCGCAGCGGGCUUGCGAGUUUACUCUUGCGAUGAUGCGGAAAAGAGGCUUUAUCUUCUUUGUGGUCCGAUUUUUUCUCAAUUUCUCUACUCUCAGGAACCAUACAAGCGUACUCAACUGUGGAGAAUGACAUCAUCUGGAAUUUUAUUCAACGAGGGGUCGGCACCUCCGUUUGAUCCUCGGAAACCGUCGUCGUCAAGCGCCGGCUUCGUGUUGGAUGUCGGUCAGGCCGAUCCCACGACGUUGGUGAGAAAUCGUAGACCUUUACAACUGAUUGUCAGUAAACUGAGCUCGCAGAGGAAAGCUUAUCAAACCUGGUCCUUUACUGAGGUGAGUUUUCAAUACUUGAUUGAUUAGUAACAAUUGAUUGACUGAUUGAUCAGUAACGACUAACAAUGAUUGAUGAAUUAAUAAUAAUUGGACUGAUUGUUGGUAUAGUUAAUGGUUGAUACGAUAAUACGAUAAUAAGUUGAUUGUUAAUGAAUGAUUGAUUGACUUUGUCUAAUCUAUUAAUUAAUUGGUUGAUAGUGAUUGAUCGGUUGAUUGGUAAUGGCUGAUUGAUUGGUAAUCGUUGAUUGAUUGAUUGAUUGAUUGAUUGAUUGAUAAUCAUUGAUUGAUUAAUUGUUUGAUUGAUUGAUUGAUUGAUUGAUUGAUUGAUUGAUUGAUUGAUUAGCUGAUUAAUUUAUUGAUUGAUUAAUUGGUAAUGAUUGAUUGGCAAUAAUAAUUAACUGAUUAAUUUAUUGAUUGGUGGAUUAACAAUGACUCAUUAAUUGAUUGGUGAUAAUUGAUACUGAUUGAUUAAUGAAUUAGUGAUUGACGGAAUAGCUGAUUGAUUACUUAUUAAACAAUUAAACUUAUUAAACAAUUAAAUGAUUGAAUUUAUUAUUUCGGUUUUUAGGAUGGCAGAAUGAGAAACCAACUUGCAGAAUAUUUUGUCAGUUCUAAACCUGGUCUGGGCUUGUAUCAAGGUGAGAUGCUGAUAGUGUGUGGAGGUGUCCAGUGUUCAAUAUAACAGUCGGCAUUCGGCCAUUUCCCGAGCAAAACACCAACAUGGCGUCCACGGACAUUAUUUUGCCACAUUUAAUAAUGUUAAUAAUUUCUCCAUUAUUGCAAAACCAAAAAGUAAUCUCUUAUUAAUCUGUUCCAAAUACAAAGGAAGUAAUUUCUUAUAUUUCUAAUAUACAAUAUUUACCCUGGAACUUUAGUUCCUUCUUGUAGUAACACUGAAAAAUGAAGAGUAGCUCUGGUAUAUAGUUAUCCAGUAUAAAGUUAGUUUAGUCUAGAUUUUGAUGACAUUGAUGGUAGUUAUUAAAAAAAUUCUUUCUUUCAUUUCUUUAUACAGGUGUGGAUGCGUUACUUUGCUGUUCAUCCAAACCGUCAUCUUCAGACAUCGUCCCUAAAGAGCAACAAAUAAAUGUGAAAAAGUUGCGGCCUGGUUCUGGAAUGCUAUUGGUUAAAGUACUUGCCGAUGGACCAACCAGAGCGUUGCGAAUUUCUGACGUCAGACAACAAGUAUAGUAUUGUUUGUUAUAUACGAAAUUCCAGGAGGAGAUUGUUGCAUAUUUUUAUUUAUUUAUUUAUUUAGAAUAAUAAAAAAAACAGCUGCAAAAGGACACUUGGUCCCGUACAAUGUAAUACACCUAAUUGACAAGACAAUAAAAAUAUUAACUCGAAAUGAGAAAUAUAAGGACAUUGACGUUUUCAAGCGAGAUUUAGUCUUUCAACAUAAACUGCUUUAACUGUUUUUUGAAAGUAGAAAUUUGUUCAGUCUAAAUGUGGACUAUUCUAUUGAAAUAAGAGUCGCGAUAAAAAGUGAUGUAUAUCAAAUUAUUUGAUACUGUAGGAGCACGGACUCUUAUUUAGACUUCCAAAAGUUGUAAAAAGUGUUCAACCUUUCUCCGUGUAAAAUUUCAAAUUUUCAUCAAACCUUUUACAAAUUGCGGAAGAUAUAAAUGAUGUCAUUCAUGAUGUUGUUUGUAUUACCUGUAUACCCACAUACAGACAAGCAGUACAGGCUGGCGACUGCAAACAGAUGUAUACUGUAUUUUACGAUUGCUACAGAAAUACCAAUCCCCAUAAAGCUGCUAUUGUCAGCCACCAGCGUUAGGGAAUGUUGUACUACACAACUGCCAGCACAACAUAAACGGUGUUAGUGUUGAGUAUUCCACAUUAAACCUUCCUAACUGACCCCAGAUAGGGUAAACUUUCCUCGCGGGUGGUACCCUCGUACACCUGCAGCUUUUUUGCAACUCUGCCAAAAAGAUUUAAUUAUUCUCAAUAUCUGUUCUCGAACAAAAUGCCUUUGUUGAAAUCCCAAUGUAUGUAUGUGCACUUCCAUUUUCAAACUGGUCUCUGUUUUCUGAUUUUACCAGGCUGAAGAAGAACCAUUCACGAAGGAUUGGAUGGUCAUUGAGAGACGCGGAGGCUUGAGGCAGACUACAGUCACGUCAGGGAAUACAAAUGAUCAAAACAACAAGCGUACUGAGGUUCAGAUGAGACUUGCGGGAGGAAUAGGGAUAUCAUUGAUAAAUGGGGUUCCCGAGGAACUUGUGUUUGCUACCUUUAAUCCCAUCGAGGUGAGUGCCAUGAUCGGAUGUACGGGGCAGUUGAGAGAUCGAAAACUUAUAAACAAGCUUUCGUUAGUAGGGGAUACAACUACCUGAAAAGAACUUCCCACAACCUACCCCAGUAGGUUAUCUUUUACCAAAUUAAAACUAUUUUGCUUUUUCUUGUAGAUGGACUAUAUUACAACGGCGUCUUCACGAACGCUUGAACUCAGUAUCGGUAGUAUUCAGGUGUGUAAUAUUGUGAUUCCUGUUUAUACGUUGUUAUUUACAGAAUUUUGUUAAUUUGCAAAAUAUCACUAAGGCUACAAUAAGCCGCCAUGGUUUGUGUCGGAACUACACACGUAAAAACGCACAAGUUGUAACAAACCUGCAGCAGACUUGUAGCAAUACUGCUCCAACAACUUGUCAACAGGAUGCAUGUUCGCACUGCUUGUUCCCAGCUUGUUGAUAAGUUGUCAACGGCUUGUUGACAACUUGCUACAAAUGUAAUCGUCCUGCGACAUAAAACGCAACUUGAUAAAAUAACAUUGUUACAACUUGUUGACAAGCUUGCUACAGGCCUGUUGUGAACACAUCUUGUUGACAAGUUCAGGCUGUGAUAUUUUUACGUGCGUACUGUUUGUGCCCGAAAGAUAUCCCGAAAGACGGAAUCUGAACUACUUUGGAAAAUAUUUGUCAAUAUGGGUAUCCAGUGUAGAUAGUAUUCUACAAUAAGUGGUCAUGGUUUGUGUCUGAACUGCCUGAAAAAUAUUACCAGCCUCUCGUUCAGUCGAUAACCGUUUAUCAUUUGUUUGUGAAAUUGUCUUUUCUUCUUCAGAUUGAUGACCAACUACAUCUGACUCAAUACCCAGUCAUGUUGUUUGUAACUCCGUCAUCCAAAGAAGAUUGUAGUGUCAAUGAACCCGCCAUUCGUAUCUCGUCUGCUAACGAACCAACAAAACUUCAAAACUGUGAAAUAUUUAAGGUAGGAAAGUAGGAAACUUUCAGGGAAUCGUGAAAUACGUUUUGGACGAUACAUAAUUAAUGGUUUGAGUUAAAUGGAUUACGUUUAUGAACUUUUUCCAGAAUCUGAAUGUAUCGCUACGAAAGUUGACACUCCAAGUGGACGAAAGACUGCUAUUCAAACUUCUUCAGUUCUUUGGAUGGGUUUAUAAUGAUGAUGACGUCACUGUGAAUCAAGAUUCAGAAAAUUUGGGCAUUGAAACACACAGGUAUAAUUUGCUACUUUGGUAAUAUUUGUAUCGGUUUUGUCGAAAGAGGGUUUGGAAAAUAUCAAGGUAAUAAAAUUGCUUUCUUGUUGGGUUAUUCUGUUAAAUAUCUUCCAUACGUGUUUCUUUGGCAUAAAAUUAGUAAAGAAUUUUUGUUAUGAUUAAACAAACUGCAUUAUGUAAAGGCUGGUUAAUACUAUUAAACAGAGAUCACAGUAAUUUGGCUUAGAGAAAAAGAUUUGGCUUCAAGAAAUUUGGGGGGCGGAGGGAAUUGACUCAUUGUUUAACAUAGACUUGCUCCAAAUCUCUCUUUCAUUGUCAUAUCGAUCCACUAUAGUGUACAUUACAUGACGUAGUACGGUGGGGCGGAGCGAGAAAGAGAGACUUGUCAACUUCGGAAAAUCUCUGUUCAAAACUCAACCGAAAAUGCAAGACUUGCUUUAAUUGUUUUCCUUAAAUUUCUUUCUUUAUCAUUUACUAUAAUGGAAUUCAUGUUAUUUACAUGUGCUAGAUCAAUACAUAUAAACACUGGCAGAAAAGAAUUAAAGCAAGUCUUGCAUUUUCGGUUCAGUUUUGAACCGAGAUUUUCCGAAGUUGACAAGUCUCUCUUUCUCGCUCGGCCCCUCCGUACUACGUCAUGUAAUGUACACUAUAGUGGACAGAUACUAUAUGACAAUGAAAGAGAGACGUGGAGCAAGUCUAUGUUUAACACUGUGUCAGUCCCCUCGGACGUUUUUUGUCCCCUUAGAGUUUACCCAUGCAAAAUUCUUACUGUGAUCGCAGAACAUUUGAUAGUGUCUACCAGCGUUUUAAGGAGUGUGAUUGUGUCAGUGUUUAGGUCUGUUAAUCACCGGUUUCCUAGAAUGCUCUAUUUUUUCUAGAACUCCAUCCUCAGUGUCACCUUCAAGUCUCAAGCGUUAUUAUUUUGAGAAGUUUCUUUUCAAUGCUGUUCAACUUCGUGUGUCUGUUGCCACGGUAACAAGACUACCCGAGGAUUUGAAACAGAUCAAGUCAUCGAUGGGUUUGAUUUUGGUUCGCUUACAGGGAGCUGUAGUCGACCUUGGUAAGUUGGAAAUCUUUAACGUUAUUUGUUCAGUGUUACUUCAGGAAUACACUAAACGCAACCGAACCGAACUGAACUAGAUAACCUUUUUCAGUUCUAAACUGUUCUUCUUAGACAGGGUUCGUAGCGGUCUUUGAAAUCCUUGAAAGUCUUUAAAUUUGAAUGCAGGUCUUUAAGGUCUUUGAAAAGUCUUUGAAUUGUGUGAAAAAGCGAAGAAAGUCUUUAAAAGUCUUUAAAUUCUUUAGUGAUUAUUUGAUUAUACGAUUUCCUAGCUAAUAAAAUAGAUUGAUUGAAGCAAGAUUUUCGCAAAUAUCGACGAAAAAGUGCAUUUUAGGAUGUGAUUUGACGGGACUAAUUACCGGGUAAAAAUGGUGCUUAUACAUCGCAAGUUUUCGACACCUGAUUGCUCUCAAAGGUCUUUGAAAAGUCUUUGACAAUAGGCCGAAAAAUCUUUAAAAGUCUUUGAUUUUUUUUUGGUCUUGGAGACUACGAACCCUGUUAGAAGUCCAGUAAGGAUCAUUCCUAAUUAUACCUGGUGUUUUAUUACAAGAGGAAUCCAGAUUACGGUCAGACCUUAAAAUAUCGGGCAGAGAACCGUCUCACAAAAUGUUUACAAACUGUGAGUUUGGGUCGGACAUAUAUGUAUUGUGAUGUGUGAUGGAGGUUCGAUGACUUUGUGUUUAGUUUGGCUUGGAAAAAAGUAUGAAUGCAGGCAGAAAUUAGUAUCAGCACAAUUUGGAAUAGUCAUUUGAAUCUUGACAAUGAAUUUCUGAACCCCACGGUGAAAACCCCGCACUUGAUUACACAUUUCUAGUUUAUUUUGUAUGCAUUACUCUGAUUCUCUAUUUAACAUACGAGCCUCUAGUCAUGGAUUAGGGUACAUUUGGAUUUACGUUGGACAAAGUUACAGUUGGGUCGGACACCAACACACUCGGGUCGGACAAACAAACCUCAGUUUCACUUGAUUCGGACAGAAUGUUACGAUCCAGUGGAUGGAUCGGACACACUGAUCUACUAUUAGAUCAGUGGUCGGACAGUGUUCUUUACCGAUCGAUAUCUUAAGGCCUGUCACUAAGGCAAAUUAUUAUUAUGUUACUAUGUUGAUUUUCAGAGUCAUUUUCACGAACCCAUGCAUUUGAUACAAGAACUGCAUUUCUUGAUGCGCUGUCGAAACAUUAUUCUGAGGUAAGAUUUCAUGAUAAAUGCUGUUUGAUUAUCAGAUACGUCUUGUGAUAAAUACAUGUGAUAGAUUGAUUUAUGGUGUUGUCACUAACCACAAAUCCAAUUUUUAAUACGUCUAAUAUUUGAGUCAUUUUAAGAAGAAAUGUUAGAUGUCCUGACCCUGAAAUCUUCAUCAAGACGAAUCUUUUACAAUAUUUUACAUUUAGAGUGACCCAAAUAUUACACGUACCAAGAAACGUUCUUGGGGCUAGUGGCCCUCCCAUCGAAUGCAAAUUUCUAUAUGCAUGUGUAUCUUAUUUCCAGGAAUUACGAGGCCAAGCUCCUUUCAUUCUAGCCUCAGUUGAUUUUCUCGGAAACCCCAUGGGAUUGUUUAACGACGUAUCUAGUGGUCUUGAGGGGUUGGUACGACGCGGGAAUGUCGGUGGUUUGUUUCUCAAUGUCGCUCAUGGCUUGUCUGACUCUGCGGCCAAGGUAACGACUUGAAAUAAAUGUUUUAAUAGACAAUUCCCAUUAUAGACUAAUUUUAAAACUAGGCAAGGAGAUGCAAAUAAAUCACCCUAGCUAGAAAGAGCAUACUAAAAUUCGUAAAAUGACAAAAUUUGGUUGCGAAAUGUUGUAAAAUGUGGAAAAUAUAGCCUUGCAAAGUUUGCAAAUUUUGUAUACUUUUGUAUUGCGUGCGACAUUUUCGGCCUAAAUGUGGUAGGAAGGUGGUAGGAAUUUCCGCAAGCAAUACGAAAGUAUACAAAAUUUGCGAACUUUGCAAGGCUAUAUUUUCCUCAUUUUACAACAUUUCGCAACCAAACUUUGUUAUUUUACUAAUUGUAGUAUGCUCUUUCUAGCUGUGGUGAUUUAUUUGAGUUUCCUUGCCUAGUUUUAAAAUUAGUCUAUAAUGGGAAUUGCCUAUUUCUUUUGGGCGGUUAGUUAGUAAGCCUGGUUUCCAUUGGUCUCCAUAUUGUCGUAAUGGUCGUAAAAAUCAUAGAUAUCUUAUAUACACCAGAUAGCGCAUCUUUUUUAGUAAAAUUGAAACCAAGAAUAUUCCAGCGGUUACCCCCAUUUGAAUAGAUGGCGGCCAUGUUGGAGUUUCCCACUCGCUAAUAAACGCUUAAAAAACAACAAUAACUUUCAUUGUUUGAAUAGUUUGAAAACGUAUUUGGAAUAGGUUUAACUUAAUGUUUAAGUUCCCUGUUUAAGAAAUAGAAAACAUACGUGUCUUCUCAUUUCAUGGGAAUAUCCUGAGUCUGCAAUCACGGCUUCAAUUUUUGAAUUGCAGUAUAACUAGAUGCACUAUAUCUAGUGUAUAAGAUAUAUAUGGUAAAAAUAGGGUCACAACCUUUCUCAACGGCCAGUUUAUAAUAGCUAUUUAUACCUGUAAACCACAUAUAAAUCGUAAGUAUUCUCUAGAAAUAAUCACUCCAUGUAUUCUCAGUUCUAAAAUGUUGUAUUUCGGCUGAUGAGAAAGAUCGUGACUCAAUCUUUACGACCGUUAUGAGCAUAGAUAUCUUAUAUACACUAGAUAGUGCAUCUAAUGAUUUUGUAAUUCAAAAAUAGAAGCAGUGAUUGCAGUCUCAGAUCGUUCCCAUGAAAUGAAAAUAUUCGUACUUUUCUAUUUCUUAAACAGGGAACUUAAACAUUAAGUUAACCCUAUUCCAGAUACAUUUUUAAACUAUUCAAAUUAUGAAAGUUAUUGUUGUUUUUAAACGUUUAUUAGCAAGUGGGAACGACCAACAUGGCCGCCUUCUAUUCAAAUGGGGGUAACCGCUGGAAUACUCUUGGCUUCAAUUUUACUAAAAGAGAUGCGCAAUCUAGUGUAUAUAAGAUAUCUAUGGUUAUGACCAUAUGGAAACCAGGCUGUAAGUUAGAGUUAUAAACCGAGAAGGAGGUUUAUAACUGAUAUAUUGCCCCCGUGGACGCGCAGCGUCCGAGGGCAAUAUAUCAGUUAUAAACCUCCUUCUCGGUUUAUAACUAACUUAUAUCACAUUUGUGGAGGUUUUCUAACAUAUUUGGUCAUUUUCAAAAAUUUUUGAUGAAAAAUUCUCGCGUUUUGUCGAAAAGUUUGAUGUAAUUAUUUAUCGGACGAUCAAAGAAAACCGACACAAAUGUGAUAAAAUGAGUUUUAUAGUCGGUUCCAGAUCGCUUUUCAAAGCGCAGUUUCCAAGUUCGUUGAGAAUAUUCCCAAAUACGUUUCUAAAUUUGGAAUAUUAUUGGUCAUGGAAGUUGCAAAGACAACUUCGUAAGUUGCUUAAUAAAGUACCGAAGUACAGAAGUAAAUAAAGACAGUGAACUAGCGAUUUCCUCUUUCUGAUGGAUGCAAAUGAGUGGAUGCGGGCUCGCACACGGGGGUAUAGAAUGGCUCUUCGAAAGUCUAAUAUCAAAAUUUUUGUGGCAUCUCACUCGGAUGAAUAAUAUUUGAUGGAUAUUGUAGAUGGAAAUUGUUGGAUGGAAAUUUGUAUAUAUUUAUUAACGAGGAACAGAAGUCAGCAGUGUGACCAGAUUUUUUCAGGAGUCAUUACCAAAAUUUUGUUCAAAUUUUACUAAAUUAAGAAAAAUUUUACCAAAUGUCGGCUUCCCAAAUAAUUACUUCAUGAUAAUGCCAAAAAACAAUAGUUACGUCAUCAAAGUAGAAAAAAUAUUCACAAAAAGUGUCUCGAAAUACUUGUUGCUUUCAUCGUAUUGCAGUUUUUGCUAAUGAUAAGGCUUUAUUUCUUAAGCUUGGCAGUUUUGUUCAUCACUUUGAGCACGUUAUUAAACAAGAAACACACAUUUUUACCAACUAUUUCUAAUAAUUCAAACCUUUCAGAUUUUACCAAAAUUUUACCAAAAGAAACUCGUUACCAAAUUUUCUUGAAAAUUCACGAAAUUUUACCAAAAGUAAAACUUUUUACCAAAUCUGGUCACACUGCAGAAGUGAAAAAUACAACUUUAGGUCGCCCUAUACGCAGAAUGGUUUCAAUUUUCUGUGAAGUUUUUCAGUUCUUCAAGGCCUUUGGAAAGGCCGCAAAAAUUUUAUGUUUAAGUAUUUAAAAACAGUAUUUUGAUUCCGUUCGUCGCUGGAGUUGUCUGAUUUUUGAAUUUGCCUUUUAUUGAAGAUAAAAUGAUGCAAUUAUUACGGGAGUGAUAAUGUGACAAACAUUCUAAUCUAAUCUAGUAGUCUUGAUAACUUUUUUCAGACCUAAUAUUUAAAAUAUCUGCCAUCCGCAUUGGAAUGUAAUUGAAGUAUUUUUGAUAAAAUCUAAAAUAUAUUGUGUCAAAGAAAACAUUUGGUCGAGUCUGAGCAUGCGUCGAAAAUAUUUGUGUGGGCAACCUCGGUCCCAGGACCCAGGGUCUUGGAACGAGGUUGUUGUGUAGACAAACAAAAUCCGGUAUUAUUUUAGUUUGCUGUAAGGUUUGGUCGUCAAAGACUGGAAAGUAGCAACGUGGUUGGGCAAUAUUUUAAUGGAAUGUAAAAAUUUCGAAACUUCCGGAAUUUUCAAUUUGUGGACAAGCUCGAGAGAUCGUCCGAAAUUGUCAGAAACAUCAUUCCAGUAAUUAACGUGUUCCAUUUGAUUUUUAAGCAAGAUUUUCGGAAUUUCUGUCAAAUGGGAAGCGCCCUAGGUCGCCCUAUACGCACAGGGCCGCCGAGAGGUUGGCGGUGGCCCGGGGCAAAUUUUUUUUUAGGGGCCCCUAUUUAAAAAUUUUUUCCGGAAAAAAAUUUUUUGGAGAACAACCUCCUGGGGCCCAACAAAAAUUUUUCAGGGGCCCCCAGCACCUUGGGGCCCGGGCAAUUCCUGCCCCCCCCCCCUCUCUGCGGCCAUGGGGAGUGGUAAUGUGACAAACAUUCUAGUCUAAUCUAGUAAUCUUUUUUCAGAUCUAAUAUUUAAAAUAUCUCUGCCAUCCGCAUUAGAAUGUAAUUGAAAUAUUUUUGAUAAAAUCUGAAAUAUAUUGUGUCAAAGAUAACAUUUGGUCGAGUCUGGGCAUGCGUCGAAAAUAUUUUUUGUGGGGUGCACAAACUGAAAUCCGGUAUUAUUUUAGUUUGCAAUAAGGUUUGCUUUACGGUGGGAUUAGGGUUUAUGUUAUCAGGAUUGGGCUUAGGUGCAGAAUAAAUUGGGUUAGACGUGCAACGAGGGAUCAGUUAGUUAGCUAGUUAAUCAGUUAGUUAUUCACUAAGUUGGUUGGUUACCCAGUUCAGUGAUCAGUAAGUUAGUUAGCCUUUCUCACGAGGGCCAAUGGGGUAUGCUGUCUACCCUCGUGAAAGAUUCGAGACAACUCAAUGUGAAAACUGAAAAUAAUUUACCAUUAUACAAAGAAAUUCAAAGUUAAAGUUUAUGUAAAUCAAGGGAAAUUUCUAUCACAUAUAAAGAUACGACACGCUUAUGAUUUUUCUUUGUGUUUUCCUCAUGAAUGAAACGUCUUGAUGAGAACUAUUAAUGAAACGUCUUGAUGAGAACAUUCGUAUUCUUCAACAAUUUAAAAUAAAUAAAUCAAAUUUGUGAGAAAAUUAACUUAGUAAAGGCCCUGUCACACUAUUGCGUAUGAGAGAAACGUAUGAGAAGCGUAUGAAAAUUAAUGAAAUAAUUUUCAUACGCACAAAAAUCCUUUGAAAUGCCAGCGUAUGAGUACCGUACAUCUGGCGUACCUCUAGUGUAUUCAGCGUGUGACUAGAGAAUGCUUAUGGUUAAAGCAUACGUCCAAUACGCACAAAAUUUUUGAACAUGCUUAAAAAAAAAUUUCUGCCUCGCCGUAUGCCAGCGUAUGCCACCGUACGCGACCGUGCUUGAAACGUAUACAACCUAUGCCUAACGUACCCCUAGCGUAUGUCAGCGUAUACCGGCGUAUGAGUGAUAUUUUUCAUACGCUGGCAUACGCUAGUACGAUACGCAAUAGUGUGACAGGGCCUUUAAUGUUUAUGUAAAUCAGCAUGAUUUUGCAUCAGAUAUACAAACUCCUUCGUGCCACAUGGUUUCUUUUGUGUUUCCGUCAUGAAUUAUUAAUACUGAAGUUUCACUUUAUUUUUCGCAUCCAGCUUACUGGUUCACUAUCAGAUGGCUUGUGGUCAGCCAGCUCAGAUUCAAAGUCCUUGGAAAGUCGUGAAGCAAUGAAGGCGGAACGUCAACAUCAGAGUAGUGGAGAUCACCUCGUGGCUGGGUUCAAAGGAUUAGGAAUGGGUCUAGUGGGAGGCCUUACUAGUAUAGUCACUCAGCCCAUUGAAGGAGCCAGCGAAAAAGGAGUCCCCGUGAGUACUUUCUCCUUUGAGGGAUUGCAUUGUAUUUCUGAAAAAAAUAUUUCAACAAAGCUAUAGUAUAAAAUUAAACUGUGCUUCCUAGAAAUGCAGUUACAGGUAAGCUUAACUACGUCAAGCGUUCCUCUUUUGAAUUCCUAACUUGAUUGCAAUUUUCAGUACAAAUUAUCUUUGCAAAUGUGAAAAACUCUCUUGCAAAUAGGCAACUUGCAUGUUAGACAAAUUUUUAUCUAGGCAAAAAGUAAAUUCGCGUAAAGAACCUAUGAAAAGUAGUAAAAUUGCAAAAUUUGGUUACGAAAUGUUGUAAAAUACGGAAAAUAUAGCCUUGCGAAGUUUGCAUUUUUUGUAUAUGUUUGUAUUACGUGCGGAAAUUGUUACCAUUUUUGAGCCGAAAAUGGUACGUAAUACAAACAUAUACAAAAUUUGCAAACUUUGCAAGGCUAUAUUUUCCAAGCUUUACAACAUUUCGCAACCAAAUUUUGCAAUUUUGUGUUCUUUUUAGCUGUGGUGUUUGAUUCCCUUCUCUCUACUUAGAUUAAAGUUUAGUCUAACAUUCAAAUUGUCCAUUUUCAUUAGAAAUUAUACCUUUGCAAAUUUGAAAAAUUUUCUUGCAAAUUGCUUGAGAGAAUUUGCAAUGUUUCUGUAGGUUGUUGUAGUAUUCUAAUGCAGAGAAACGUAUUAUACUAUAUUUCAUAGAAGAAAUGCGAUACAAAUUUUAUAUUUUCUUCUCCUAGGGUUUCAUUCAAGGCAUUGGCAAAGGAAUUCUGGGAACGUUUGCGAAGCCAACAGCUGGUGUCCUGGACCUCGCCUCAGGCCUCUCAGCUGCCGUACGUGGUUCGGCCACACGAAGUUCGCGCUUAUACCAACCUAAACGUGUUCGCUCGAUCAGAAACUGUUUUGGUCCUGGAGGAGCUAUCCCGAGGUUUUCGAAGACAAAUUCCGAAGGACAAUCUAUCGUUUUGAAAUUAAAUGCCAAUAAUAUGGACGAAAAGUACGUGAAAGAGCGGUCAUUCAUUUAGGGGACCGGUCAAUAUUUAUGGCGGGGGGGGGGGGAAGAGAAAAGGGUUGGGUAAACAAAAUUUUGAGUGAGUAAAGUAUGGCUAUUACAUUUAAUACCCAACCCCCUUCCCUGUCGAGGACUUCAAUUUCCAAGGAGGGUAAUUAGUCAUUUCUCCAAACGGGUAAUUGGAAAAAAUGGGAGGAAAAUGCUGUUUCCAGAGAGGUUAAAAUGUAAGGAGGGGGUUACUUUCAGAGGGGGUUCAAGUCUCUUCCAUAGGGGUCAGUUACACAUUUUCUUACUUCCCAGAGCGGUAAAAAUCCCCAAAAGCGGAGGUCCUCGACAGGAGGGUUUGGUUGUCAAGUCGUUGUUAAUUUAAUUCCAAUGUCCUCUUAUGUUUCAGGUUUAUUACAUCAGAAUCUGUUCGGACGGACAUUGAUGGCAGAGUGAAGGUUCUUCUCACUAACGAAAGAGUUUACUUUGUAAAAACGAGCGGAGUUCCCUCCCCUGAAUCUAUUCUCGUCUCUCUGAAGUUUGAAGAUGUCGUUGACUGUCAUCAUUUGAAAAAUGGUACGUUUUGUGAAAACUUGUAGUCAUGAGUUGUAUUUUGUGUGUUAUCAAGUAGUUUCUUUCUACUUGCCUGUUGCGGACAUCAAUCUAAUAUUCCUGGGCCGUAUACAGGAUUAUUUCAACAAGGGGGCAGUAAUACCUAUAUGCUGAAACAAGUACCCAAAUGCCAUUCAGAGCCACGUCAGUUAGAUGCAUGCUUAUGACCGCCCCAUACAGAAUCAUACAUAAAUCAUUCUGAUUCACAAGAUUACAAGCCCCAUUUGGCUUAAUAAUUGAUACUAACAUUAUAAGAAAAGUUAGUUAAAAUUUUCUUGGGGGACAGAGCCCAAAUACCAAGACAUCGCUCGUAUAUAAGUAAUUUAAUCGCUAACGUUCUAUUUUAUCUAUCUUUCAAGGAACUGUUGAUUACGUGGAAUUAUCGAGAAAAUAUUCUGAGCCGCCAGUCAGAGUUCGCUGUGAAGCCGCUUCAGCACAAAAAGUAAGUUUAUCUCUCAUCAUUGGAAUUCAUUGGUCCACUGUUACUGCCCUAACCAGCUAAUCAAAUGGACCCUUCCUAAUUUUGAAUUCUUAAUGUUAUUAUAUGAAUAUACAUAUCGAAUAUCGUGUUCAGUUUAUUUUUGUAGUCUCGUAUAGUUUAGUUUUAAGGAUAGAAAGAGAAAAGGACAAUUUGAUAUCACAAUUUAUACUGCGUGCAUGGUUAUAUACGUGCGUGUGUUAAUUGGAAGUUUAUAUGAAAUGUAUUUUGUUUCUUUGUAUAGCUUGUUCAAAAGAUAAACUACGCGAAAGGUCUCUUCGAAGAAGUCAAACACACCGUCAUUGUCAAAUCAAAAACAAGCGUCACGUGACAGGUAAAGGCUUCUUCGUAUACACACGCAAAAAUGUCACAUCUUGUGACAAAGUUUGUCAACAAGCCGUCAACAAGUUGUCUUCGCACUGCUUGUCACAAGUUUGGAACAAGCUGCUAACAAUUUGUAACAACCUUGUUGAUAUUAUCAGACUUGUUACAAGGUUGUUCCAACAAGUCCGAUACAGUCAUGAUAUAGCAGUAUUGUUGCAACCUUGUGUCGUCAACCUUAUAACAUUCAUGUUAUAUAUCAUGACUGUAUCAGACCUGUUAGGACAACCUUGUGACAAGUCUGAUAAUGCCAUCAAGCUUGUUACAAGUUGUUAACAGCUUGAUCCAAACUUGUUACAACAACUGGGAACAAGCAGUGCGAACACAACUUGUUGACAGCUUGUGAACAGGUUUGUAACAACUUGUUUGCAGACCUGUAACAACUUAUGCGUUUUUACGUGUGAUACGCAUGGACGUAAAAACGCACAACUUGUUACAGAUCUGGAAACGAUUUGUUACAAGUCUGCUCACAAGCUGUCGACAAGUUGUGUUCGCACCGCUUGUUACCAGUUGUUGUAACAAGUUUUGAACAAGCUGUUAACAACUUGGUACAAGCUUGAUGGCAUCAGACUUGUUACAAGGUUGCUCUAACAAGUCUGGCACAGCCAUCAUAUAACAAGAAUGUUACAAAGUUGACGACACAAGGUUGUAACAAUAUUGUCAACAGGUGACAAGUCUGAUACUUGUUGACAGCUUGGGACAAGCAGUGCGAACACAACUUGUUGACGGCUUGUUGGCAGACAUGCUACAAGAUGUGAGAUUUUUUUCGUGUUGUACCACGUACACACGUGAAAAUAUUACAUCUUGUCGCACUGCUCGUUCCCAGUUGUUAACAAGUCUGAUACAAAUUGUUGUCAUCUUGUAACAUGGUGAUGAGCCCAACACAUUUGCAACAAGUUGUUCCAGCAAGUCUGAUAUUGUACAUCAGGCUCGUGCAACUUGUUGCGAACACUCUGUAUUACACACAUAAAAACGCACAAGUUUUUACAGGUCUGCAAACAAGUUGUUACAAAUCUGUUCACAAGCUGUCAACAAGUUGUCCUCGCACUGCUUGUUCCCAGUUGUUGUAACAAGUUUGGAACAAGCUGCUAACAACUUGUAACAAGCUUGAUGGCAUUAUCAAACUUGUUACAACGUUGUUCUAACAAGUCUGAUACAGUCGUGUUAUAGCAAGAAUGUUACAAGGUUGACGACACAAGGUUGUAUCAGUAUUGUUAUAUCAUGAUCGUAUCAGACUUGUUGGAACAACAUUGUAACAAGUCUGAUAAUAUCAACAAGGUUGUUACAACUGACAACAAGUUGUUCCAUACUUGUUGACAACUUGGGACAUGCAGUGCGAACACAACUUGUUGACGGCUUGUUUGCGUGUUGUAGCACAUUAGUCUUGUUGGAGCAACUUGUAGCAAGUCUGUUACUGUCAUCAACCUUGUAAGAAGAUUAUAACAACUUGUUCCAGACUUGUCACAACAACUGGGAACAAGCAGUGCGAACAGAUCCUGAUAUCGGCGCGACAACAACCUUGUUACAACUUGUUGGCAGAUCUUUAACAACUUGCGUGUAUGUUGAGAAUGUGUUUCACUGUAUGAUAUGAUUGUGCGUCUAUUCCAGGUGCCGACGUACAAAAAGGAAUCAAUAUCGAGAAGAAACGAAAACAGGAAGUAAAACACGCAAGAAACAGAACGAAAACAGGAAGUAAAACACGCACUCACAUCAAGUUUCAGAAUGAUCCAAAUUGCGUGAAAAGAACUUUUGCCACAAUUUGUAGUAGAGACGAUGACCUGAAUGGUCCAACUUUAAAAAAGAAGGGAUAGUCCGUCAAGACAAACCAGGAUGCGAUUUAUCAUUGAUUAGCUGCUGUAGACGUAAGAUGUGUUCGCAACAGGUUUGUAGCAAGGUUGUCAACAAGUUGCAACAACGCUGUUAAUUUAUUAAGUUGCUACAAUGUUGUCACUCACAACUUGUUGACAAAUUGUUUAUUUGCACGACGAUAACAAGUUGUUGGUACAACACGUAACAAGUCUGUUGAGCUCAGCAACCUUGUAGCAAGUUGUCAACGAGCUGGGAACUGGAACAGUAUUGUUACAAGUCUGCUGCACAUUUGUUAAUUGCAUCCUGUAGGAUCGAGUUAGUUUGUCUUGAAAGAUAUGAUUUGUCCCAAGAACCUGUGCCAGUAUAGAUGGCUGUAGUUUGUCCAGAUAGUUUGUCUUGAUGGAUCAAAUGAAGUAAAAGUCGGGCCAAUGGCACUAAUUUGCCUGAAAUGAAAUUGCACAUAUUUAUUGAUUCGCACAAGAGGAAAUAAUUGACAUAGUUAUAAUUUUUUUUAUGCAAGUUACACCCAGUUUAAUUAAAAUCGUACAAUUUAUAAUAUAAAAAUAUUAACAGUUUAUUAAAUCGCCAAAUUAAUGUUGUUAUGCGAAUGAAAAAUAUAUUUAAAUCAAUCGUG